GUGUGCGUGUGUGGCAAAUUCCCAUAUUGCAAGAAGCAGCAUUCGAUGCAGCGGUUGGGUGUUUAGGAUGUCGGAUUGGGGAUUUACGGAAUGAGCACCGUGCGCUUUUUUUUAUUUUACAAAACCAGUACAAUACGGAAAUUAAAACAUCGCAGUUUCCGAAUUCUUCCCGAAACUUGACUUGGGUUGGAACACUUUAUUCCUGGAUCUUUUUUUUUCCCCUCACAGAGAAAAUGCUGAAGACAAACUGAGGCUAUAGCCUAAUUCCUCGAAAGUUGGAAAAAACGAAUGCGACUAUUUCCAAAUCUAACUUCAGGUUUCGUUCGCUUUGUGGAACUAUGAGAACGACCGAUAGCGACUUCGUGGUCGUCUUUGUCCGAAGUCUUCUUCUGAUGGUUGCCCUGGCUUCAAAUCUGAGAUGCGAAGCUGACCCAGGGAUGUCUCUGGACAUGGACGGGCCGUCUGAGGUUCAGAGCGGGGCGGCACCGACCGCUGAAGGCUUCUACCUGAGGUUCCUGGGCCCGGUCAACAACAUCACCCACUUCCAGGGCCAGACGGCCACGCUGCACUGCAGGGUUUCGGGGAACCCCCGGCCCACCAUCCGCUGGCUGAAGAACGACGCCCCCGUGGUUCAGGAGCCGGGACGCAUCUCCAUCCGGAAGAUGGACUCGGGCUCCAAGCUGCGCAUCACCGACCUGGACACCACCGACACGGGCUACUACCAGUGUCUGGCCACCAACACCCUGAAGGUCAUCUCCAACACCGGGGUGCUCUACGUCAAGCUGGGACAGCUUCCAACACAUGGCCCUGUUGAAAAAACACCCGCGAAAGGCUUCUGUCAGCCGUACCGGGGCAUCGCUUGCGCUCGCUUCAUCGGAAACCAGAGCAUCUAUGUUGAGUCUCUGCAGAUGCAGGGGGAAAGCGAGAACCGCAUCACAGCGGCCUUCACAAUGAUCGGGACGUCCACCCACCUGUCGGACGACUGCUCCCAGUUCGCCAUCCCGUCCUUCUGCCACUACGUGUUCCCCCUGUGCGACGAGGAGGCGCGGGGCCCCCACCGGAGGCAGCUGUGUCGGGACGAGUGCGAGGCCCUGGAGGACGACCUGUGCCACGCCGAGUACACCAUCGCCCGCUCCAACCCCAUGAUCCUCAUGCAGCUGGAGCUGCCCAGCUGCCACCUGCUGCCCCCGCCCGCCUCCCCGGACGCCGCCUCCUGCAUGAGGAUCGGGGUGCCCGCCGAGAGCCUGAACCCCAACUCUCCCCCGGACCACAGCUGCUACAACGGCAGCGGGGCCCAGUACAAAGGCACGCUCAGCGUCACCAAAUCGGGAUACCUGUGCCAGCCGUGGGGUACCCACUACCCCCACAAGCACCACCUGUCGCCCACAGAGUACCCCGAGCUCCGGGGGGGCCACAACUUCUGCCGUAACCCCGGGGGUCAGAUGCAGGGCCCCUGGUGCUUCACGCUGGACCCCCAGGUCCGGGUGGACCUCUGUGAGAUCUACCCCUGCAAGCCCCCAGACAACCUGAAGAAGGAGAUCCUGUACAUCCUGAUCCCCAGUAUCGCCCUCCCGCUGGUGAUCGCCUGCCUCUUCUUCCUGUUCUGCAUGUGCCGCAACAAGCAGAAGGGGAACACGGACACGCCUCCUCGCCGCCAGCUCGCCGCCUCCCCCAGCCAGGACAUGGAGCUGCCUCUGCUCAACCAGCAGAAACCCCACCCGACGAGGGAGAUCAGCAUGUCCACCCUGCACUUCAUGGAGGACCUGGGCGAGGACCGCUUCGGGAAGAUGUACAAGGGCCACCUGUACGGCGCGGCCCACGGCGAGCAGAGCCAGGUGGUGGCCAUCAAGACGCUCAAGGACAAGGCCGACGCCGCGCUCUGCGAGGAGUUCCGGCAGGAGGGCGUGCUGCGCGCGCGCCUGCAGCACCACAACGUCCUGUGCCUCCUGGGCGUGGUCACCAAGGAGCAGCCCGUGAGCAUGGUGUUCGGCUACUCGGGCCGCGGCGACCUGCACGAGUUCCUGGUGGUGCACUCGCCCCACUCCGACGUGGGCGGCUCCGACGACGACCGCACCGUCAAGUCCACGCUGGAGCAGGCCGACUUCCUGCACAUCGUGACCCAGAUCGCCGCCGGCAUGGAGUACCUCUCCAACCACCAGGUGGUCCACAAAGACCUGGCCGCCCGCAACAUCCUGGUGUGCGACAAGCUCAACGUCAAGAUCCAGGAUCUGGGCCUGUCCCGGGACGUGUACUCGGCCGACUACUACAACCUCUUCGGCUCCAACUCCUUCCCCGUCCGCUGGAUGUCCCCGGAGGCCAUCAUGUACGGGAAGUUCUCCACCGACUCGGACAUCUGGUCGUUUGGCGUGGUGCUGUGGGAGAUCUUCAGCUACGGCCUUCAGCCGUACUGCGGCUACGCCAACCAGGACGUGGUCGAGAUGGUGCAGGGCCGGCAGUUCCUGGCCUGUCCCGACGACUGCCCGGCCGGGACCUACACCCUGAUGCUGGACUGCUGGAGCGAGUUCCCCACCAGCCGGCCCCGCUUCAAGAACAUCCACGCGCGCCUGCGGACCUGGGAGAGCGCGUCCAGCUACAACAGCUCGGCUCAGACGGCCAGCACCAGCAACACCACUCAGACCAGCUCCCUGAGCACCAGCCCCGUGAGCAACGUUAGCAUGGGCACGGCGAACGCGUCGCGCUACGCCAGCCCCAAGAAAAGCUUGCCCCCCUAUCCCCACCCUCAGUUCAUGCCCAUGAAGGGUCAGAUGCAUCGGCCGAUGAUGCCCCAACAGAUCUACAUUCCCGUGAACGGGUAUCCGCCCAUGCAAGCCUAUCCGUAUAUGCAAAACUUCUACCCCAUGCAGAUUCCGAUGCCGAUGGCUCAUCAACAGAUGCAUCACCCGACUCCGCUGGUGGCCAAGGCCGGGUCUCAUCAUAGUGGCAGCGGAUCCACUUCCACAGGGUACGUCACCACACUGCCCUCCAGCAGCGGUGGGGCAGAGCGGGCAGCUGCUUUUAACGAUUCCAAGGCCAGCGAUGAAGACUUGGCUGACGGGUCGUCUCAGAAAGAGGGGGACCAGAAUGCAGAGUUUCAGCCAGUUCCGGAAACAGAAUUGCUUGGCGACAAUGAGGCGGUACAAGAGGAUUAGAUAGUGUGGAACUCUGAACACGCCUAGGGCGAGUUGCCUCUGGUACACGGAACAAACCUAGAGCUGAGGAAAUCUCUGAAUGAACAUAAGAAAUAUACAGAUGAAUGCUUUUUGAAUGUUUUGGAGAUACUCUUUUGCCAUCACUGAUGUAUUUAAUGCAAAUUGUGUCUCAGGUGUGAAUCUGUAAAAUACCAGUGUUAAACAUUGCAGAAUGAAUCUUGAUAUUCUUUCCCAUAGAGAGAAGAGGAAAGAAAUCCCGAUUCAUUAUGGAGACAAUCAUGGACCUUAUCAUUAGUAUGUGGCACCGCUGUGUAAUACUAAUCAAUCAAAUAGGGAUUCAAGAUGUGUGGGUUCGCCGAUUUGACAGUGUUUUUAUUGUACUGUUGUUGUUUUGUUAAAACAUUGUAUGAUAAAAAAAAAACACUAGCCAACAUUAAGUUAACAUGUGGUAGAAUGUAUUGCAUAUAGAGGUUUUGUAAAGGCGCACAACUUCACAUUGUUUGUAUUAUUGUUAUUUUUAAGGAGUUUACUUGUUUAAUUGACGUUAUCUCUAAAUAUACCUCAGUGUAACAACUAUAGACCAGAUAAUAAUGGGAGUAAGAUUCCCAUUAGAAAAAUUCCAUUGAUUUAUUCCAUUAUCUGCCCUAUUUUCUACUCUGAGUAGUAGCUGGAGGUUAUUCUUUACAAUCAAACGUUUCAUGUCCUAUUGUACACAUUUGUAAUUUAUGUAAUUAGUUUUGGAGCUUUGUUUGCUUACGAUAUCUUUUUCUUGUUUUACCAUGAUGUCAUUGCCACCAGAUAUUAGCCUAAAUAACAUACUCUAUAAUCAACCAUGGGGUAUACAGUACAAUUAAUUUCCUAAAAGACAUUGAUGUGUUUUAUAAUGGAGAAGUAAAAUAUGCAACAUUACCAGAUAUCAUUACUUGUCGAUCAAAUGUGUUUCAUUGUUUUCAUUUAUUUAUCAAUUUUACUAAAUAAAACUAUGGACAAUUUGAGUCGUAUGCUCUAGUCAUCUAGUUAAAUGAUGCUGUCAUUUGUUAAAUGCACCGUAAUUGCAUACUGAUCUUCUACAUCUUUUGACACUCCAUAUGGAUUAUACUUGCUGAAACUGUACUAUACAUUUGCCUAUAUGUAUAGUGCCAUUGAUUGCACAUGGCCUUUUCCCUUUGUCUUAAUUGUUUGGAUGAUUUAAUUAGUGUGAUAGGGUAGCCUACCUAUAGCAAGACUAUAAUAGGAAUAUACCUUUUGUUGGGGCGAUUUCAACGUAUUCCUGUCUAUAUGUUGUUUUCUGGACGUGUUUGUUUACAAUUUACUAGCUACUGGUAAUUGCUACAUGAAGUGAUGCUACUAUCAUAUCACUGGUCUUUCUGGUUCAGGCGGCCAGCCACGACGGACAUUCAUGCCUCUCUGCAUACUGGCCAUCCUAGGUCUCUGAGCACGACGUCUGUUUAAGCUGGUUAAUGGCAUAUAGAUGAAGAACACCCAGCCACAACACCAUAAUGGCCAAAGGGUGAGAAGUGGACUCAGAAUAACAUUGAAUGCCAGUCACACAGGCUCUAUAAAUGCAGCUGCAUUAGGUACCGUGAAUGCGUAAACAUCAAGGUUAAGGUUGUUGUUGUAAAUAGUUCCCAAAUAAAAAUCAGGACUAGCACUCACUUUAAGGACAAUUUCUUGGGUACUUCACACAAUUGGCUUGGCAACUAUAUGCCCAUCUGAUCAUUGAUUAUGGCUUCUGCAACAGAUUUUGACUUAUUUGGAUUACUUUGUUUGAUUUUGUGUGUUUUUAUUUGUUGAUUGGGAUUUUCAUUUCAAGUAACGGUUCGUGUAUAGGUUUUACUCACAUUUUCGAGGUACAUUUGAACCAGAGAACAUAUGACCAUAUCGCGCAAAUUCAAUGAAAGCCAAUAUUAUAGGUAAUUCCCCAAAUGGGCAGUAGAUGGUAUAAGUGUCCUCAAAAUGACAUGUUCAAUAUAUACGUUUGGACAAUGCGAUGUGCUAUGGAAUAAUUUGGUCUAGUUUACAAAGUAUAACAACUAGCUUAAUUUAAGGAAUUGUCGAUAAUUCAUUUCAUUAUGGAACUUAUGCGAAUAGCAUUAUAGCAUACCAUACAUUCUAGCGAAUAAUUUGGGGGGCUCAGAAAUCAAGAAUAUAUUUUUUAAUGUUGGAAUGAAU